UGCUACGGAUGCGCAGCCACAACGCAAGUGUGUGCGCGACUCAGCCAACCCAUAUGAUAAAGUUAUUAUUCCUCUUGCUUAAAGUAUCGAUAAACGAUAUAAGAUAACCAAACGUAUCUAUUUUAAACCCCGUGUCGUACUGAACAACUGCGGUAAAGAGGAGACAAAAAAUUGAAACCACGUUUGCGCCCUGAUGCUAACGAGAAGGAGCUAGUGUUAGCUAGCAGAACCAAACAGACCCACGCCAAGAUGGACGGAGCUGCUGCGGCGGUCAGAAGGGACGGAGAUGGAAACAAACCCCACGAUGGAAACCCUGCUGCCGAAGACAGCGCGUGUCCACCGACUGAAGACACUGAGAGGGAUGGGGUUUUCUGCUGUCAGGAUUGUGGAGAAGCCUUCAGAGAGGAGGCAGCCUACUCGGAGCAUCGCCAUCAGCACGUGCAAGGAAAUGUUAAUUCAGACAAACAGUUUGAUAUUUUCUAUGAUGCCAAAAAGGACAGAGAAAUGGCUAAUGUCUGCACUUUGUGUUCAAUAUCAUUUGUUGAACCAAGUGAGUUUCACUCACACAUGGAGCAAAAACAUGGAGAAACCUCCCAAAAAGACUUUCAUCUUCAGAUAAAUCCUGGGACAAAACAUCCACCUACAUAUGAAUGUCCUGAGUGUGGGAAAUGCUAUGGUGUAUAUGGGCACUUUCUCAACCAUCAGCGCUCACACUCACAGGCCUCCAAAUCAGUUUUUCAUGACCUUGAACAUUUGAAAAAGAAGUCAUUUCAGUGCGAGUCUUGUGGCCGCAGUUAUUCCCGUGCUUCAGCUCUUGAUGCACACCGUCGUUGUCAUGAGGAAAAGCUAGUCAAAGCACGAAACAGGAAUUCUGGAGAUUCAUUUCCCACUGAGGAGUCAACGGUUGAAACCAAGCCUACCGAAAACCAGGCAGAACAUCAGCAACAACAACAAAACAUCACUCCUGAAAAACUUUUCAAGUGCCCAUGUGGUAAAGAAUUCACUGCUUCAAUGCGCCUUAAAACACAUCAGAGAUUCAGCCGCAACAGUAUAUGCGCUCCAGAGGACAUGAAAGACAAACCAAAGAAAAUCUGCAGUGGAUUUCACUGCAAUGUGUGUGAUAAGGCUUUUAGUAGCCAUAUAGCCCUCUACAAUCAUCAGAAAUGGCAUGCGAAGCUCUCAAAUGAUCCUGCAAAAAAGUAUACAUGUGAAUUAUGUGGAAAAGUAUUUAUGACACUGACGUUUUACGACAGGCAUCAGCGCACAGCUCACAGUGAUGAGACCCCAGCCAAGUCCUUUCUUCAUCAAGUGUGUCAGCUACAGAAGAAGGCAUUUGAAUGUAAAGACUGUGGGCUAAAGUUCUCCAGGGCUUCAGCACUUCAGGCCCAUCAGCUCCAUCACACAGAGAAUUUCAGAGAAACAGAGAAGCCGGGUCAAACUUUCCGCCCUCCUCAACACAACAGCCUGGAAAGUGAAAGAAAAGAAACUGAGCAGCAACAAGGGGGGUCAAAAAGUGUGCACCCUAUCAGCGUGGCCGAAGAAGCCUUGCAUGUAAAUGAGACUGAUGAAGAAGUUGAAAGUUAUGAACCUGGGGACUUCAACGUACAGGUGAUAAGUGCAAGUGAAUCUGAGGAUGAACCGGCCCAAGAUGUGAACCCUGAUCUGGAGCUGCUGUGUGAAUCAGAUCAGGAACAGAAAGACGACUGUGACGCUGAGGUUUCCUCCAGCACAGUCUUUUCAAAGCCAGACAUGGAUUUGAAAAUUGUACAGAUUGACUUUGACCAAGCUGAUGGGCAGUGUGCACCAAUAGAACCUGUGAAUUACACAACGGAGGAAAGAUUUGAUUGCCCUGAUUGUUACCGUUGGUUCACUAGUGCUUCAUCACUACGCGUUCACAGAAUGUGGCACAGCAUUCGUAAGAGAAGACAACAGGCUCAAGGUCAGUCAGUGGCAGCUCACACAUGCGACACCUGUGGCCACCAAGCCAGCAGCUUUGCAGCACACUGCAGUCACAUACAACAACACAUGAAUCAAAACACAAAUAAUGAUGUAAUGUAUCAAACAGAGGGAUCAGAAAAGAGAAAUCUGACAUGUAAUGAGUGUGGUAAAUGCUUCUCACGGUUGUCUGCUCUAGUCUCUCAUCAAUUGCAUCAUCCUAAGAAAAAACAAUUCCAGUGUCCUGAUUGCAUGAUGUCUUAUUCCUAUGCUGCUAGCUUAUUCAACCAUAUGAAAAACUGUUCUGCACUAAAGAAAGAGAAUAUUUCCACCAGUAAGAAAGAAUAUAAUCCAAAGAAAACCCUUCUAGGCCCAAAGAUUUACCAUUGUGAACAGUGCAGGAAAGGUUUUUGGUCUCUGGGAGCUUACUCCCAUCACAAGCAAAAUCCAAUUCAGUGUGUAGAUUUAAUGCUAAGAAAAGGUGUUUCAGGUUCUUUGCACUCUGUUAACGGACACUCUCGCUCCAGUAUUAAGGUCGCCUGUCCGGUGUGCGGCAGAAAAUUUCGUCACAAAGGCAUUAUGACUUUACACAUGCGAAAACACGAAAAUGGAAACCACAAAUGUGAACUUUGCAACAGGUCGUUCCGUCUUUUUUCCAGCCUCCUCAGACACCAGGUAGUACACAGCGAACAGCUACCACCGCCUAUUAAGUCUUUCCAGCAUCAGGUGGAGCAGCUAAAAAAGAACACAUACAGCUGCCCUGACUGUGGGAAGCUGUUUUCACGGGCCAAAGCGCUUCAGUUUCACAUGAAGAGCCACGGCUAUGAGACCGCUCACUCGCCAUCGUCACCCAGAUCCUCUGUCGCUCUGGAGGAUCUUCAGUGUGCAACAUGCCUCGCACAUUUUAACAACAAGGCCUCUUUGAAGGCCCAUAAAAAACUUUGCAUUAAAAAAGAAAGUCAAGUUGUUGACUGUAUGGUUGAGCCCUCCGAAAAUGAUAACCUAAAAAACAAGAGCUGUAUGGGGGAUAGCACACAGCAAACAUCUAAGAAAAUAACUGUCAAGUAUGAACUGAAAAGUGAGGAGCAAAAUCUAGGAAAUGAGACUAGUAACAUGGUAAACUUGAGAACAAAUCUGAAGUACAAAUGCAAAAAGUGUGACAGAAGCUUUUCAGUCAUUGGAGCUUUAAAUUUGCAUAAAAGAAUUCAUGUAGAAGGUCGCAAACCUGGAGUAAAACCCAAAUUAGCCAUGUCUGUGAUAAAGAAAUUUAAACAGGAAGACUGCAGUAAAGGACUUUUUCACUGCUCAGACUGUGGGAGGAGGUUUAUGUCAAACUCAGCCCUUGGCUCCCACAAAAGAUGGCACAGAGAAAAGAAACUUUCAAGGUCCUCGCUUAAAGAUGACGAUCUCAAACCCACCAGCCACAAGACAGAAGGAGGACCUUUUCAGUGCAACAGAUGUGGCAAACAGUUCUUCAACCAUUGUGUUCUUCAGCGCCACCAGAUGUUUAAUCCUCAGUGUCAAACUAAAACCGAACCAGAGCUGGAUGCACACACAAGAGCAAUAAAUCCUGAACUGUCAUGUCCAAAAUGUAAACAAACAUUUGUGCAGCAUUCACUUCUUGCUGCUCACCUUGAAAAUGUGCACAGUAAAACUUUGGGGGCUGCACAUCUUCAAGAGGACAGGCUAAGCUUAGAAGACCAUGUCCCAGGACAGGUUGAUGUGAACUUUCUGAAAAGUGAGUCUGCGCCAUUGACUGAAAAGCACAAAGUUCACCAGUGUCCCUUCUGCUCAAUGACUUUCGCUAAAGCAAGAGGUCUGCGUGCUCACAAGUGGCAGGUUCACUCAAAGAGCACACGUGGUAAAAACAAGAUUAUUCUGGGUAUAAAGAAGCCCGUUGCCCCAAGUAGUGAGGUCAGUAAAACAGAAGAGGCGUCUGUUACAGAGAACACUGUAUCAGCAGUGGAAAGUAUCUCUGUCGGCGAGGGAGAGAAGAAAAUCAGAUUGGACCCCUCGCCUGUGAAAUUAAACAUCAGCAGUGGGGAGCAUAGCAGUCCUACAGGCGCCAGCUUAGAACAGAAGAAAGUGUGCUCAGAGGUAAAACCUGCACCUAAACAGCCGAUCCAGACUCCUGACUCUAUGCCAGACACUUCUCCAUCUCCUGCACGUUUGUCCGAGCAUACAGCCAAAUGCCUCUACAAGUGUGAUAAAUGUGGGAAAGCUUUCCAAACCAAGGAACAACUAGGUAACCAUAAGACCAAGGCAAAGAGCCGGCCUUACUGUUGCGCCCUGUGCUGCCAUGGCUUUUGGACUGAGAAUCAGCUGCAGCAACACCUUGCCUGGCACGACGAAGUCCGCUGUCGCCUCCCGAGUGAGGUCCGCUUCAGGCUCAGCACAACUUUGAGCUCCAAACCUCUGAAACCAAUCAUGCCCUCUGCUGACACUAAAGGGAAGUCCUUUCCUUCAUCUUCAAUGAACCCAGACAGCCUGUCGCAUAACAGCCACAAGUGCCAGCACUGUGGCAAAGCCUUUCUUUCACCGUCUGCGUUACAGAAACACCAAACCCAGCAUGGUAACAACGACUCGUAUUGCUGCUCUAUUUGCCCCCGGACCUUCAGUGAGAUACAGGACCUUAUUGACCAUCACCAGGAAUGUAUCGGUGGUUACAGAAGGCAGAGUGAUGCCCCCGCUGCGGUCUCAUCUGGAGAUACCAAUGGCCUUACCUGCCAUGAAUGUGGAGCUACUUUUAGCCUAGAAACUGAUUUUCACCAGCACUACACUGAACAUGCCCGUAAGGGGUGUUAAACUGAACUACCUGAAAAAGACGAGAUAGAGACACUGUAGAUUGUAGAUCUUUGUUUACUUGCUAAACUACUUUACAUGUGAAGCUAAAAAGUUCCCUUUUAAAACUUGUUUGGUCAGAUAGAGAUCACAAAAACUUUGUGUAUUUAAUAUUCUUUAUGCUAUACUAUUGAGUUUGUAUUCCUAUAUACAGGGCUGUCCUUCACACUGGAAUAGUAUGUGUACAAAUGUUUGAGAGCAUUUCUGUUAACUUAAGUUUAGAUCUCAUAAAUGAUUACCUAUAAUCAACAUCUCUUGGACCUUUUAGGGCCCGUGUCCAUAGCCAGCUUUUUUUUAGCCCUGGCAGCACUUAUUUAUGAUGGAAAACCAAUGUAGUCCAGCAUUCUGAGCACUCAUCGCCCUCAGUGUCAUCUGUUUUUGUUUCUGCACUCUCAAUCGAAAACCAUUCAACUUCUGGAAUAGCACUUUGCUCAAACCUGAUCUGACCCGUCAUUUUUCAAUCAUGUUUUCAGGUCUGCAGCUGCUAUGUUAGAGACAGAAUUCCUUUACGUUGUCUGCAUUUUUUCUCUGUUUCCAUAAAAUACAGAAAUAUGAAACACACAGAGCUAUUUUUAAACAACAUUACAGAUUCAUUUCUUUGUAAAAUAGCAACAAUAAGGAGAGGGAAGGUACUCUUGACAAGCAUUGCCGAGAAAUGUCUGACAUUGAGUUCCUGAGCGCUGCCAGCCCAGAUGAUCUGGCUAUGGACAUGCAACCUAACUCAUGGUAGUUCAUAUCUACAUGUACUUAAAAUCUUUAUGCAUGAAAGCUAAUUCCCAGAGAAACAUACGUGACACUACUUACUACUAAACUUUUGAGGAAACUGAAAUAAUGCAGCAAAAAUGAGCCUAAAUUUUAGCACUUUUACAAUUUGAGGUUAUCAGAACAGACAUUAGAUUGAAUAAUGUGCAUUUUACUGUAAACCUGAGGAAACAAAGUGAUUAUUUGAGCUUUGCAGCGAUUAACCACCAGAAAAAAACUUCAAUAUCAAGUAUUUGCGUGAUUUGUACAAGGUGUUCCACAUUAAUUGAUGUAUAAGCUCCCAUGUUUUUUCCCUUCCUGUUAUGUUUCAAUAUAGUGAAAAGAUCACUCAUUACUAUGUAGAUUAAUCAUUCAUGUAGAAUGGUUGUUAGUUCAUUACUUGUAAAGUGAAAGAAGUAUUGUAUUGUAGAAGAGAUGUUACUUUGUUAUAUUUCUUCAGAUGACUAACGUGCACCAUUAGAUGAUUAAUUUAACUCGCUCUUUCUGAGAAAAAUAUGAAAACUUACUCUUGAAAGAAAAAAUAAAUAGACUAAUCUUUGCCUGAAUUUUUGCAUUGCUUGAUUAAUUCAGUCUUGGUUUGUCUGUCUGUGUUUUCAUCGUUAUUGUUCCAGUUAGAAUAUUUUAUAUUCUGUAUUAACAAUUGUUGUGUUUAGUUGGUCAAGGCUGUUUUUGUUAAUCAAGACAUGAUAAUGAUUGAUUGUUCCAGCCAAAUAGCAAAACUUUUAAAGUGUUAAUCAUAAGAUUAAUAGUAAUCAAAGCGCUUUUAACCCUCAAACUUAAAAACUUGUUGCAUUUUUUCUUCUGAUUGCCUCAAAUGAUUGUGUCAUUAUAAAGUGAAGUAGCAAAAAUAAACAGAAGAACUUGCACAAAUCAGUAUUUCUUAUUUUAAAUUAUCCCCAAUUCACGACUCAAAAGGUUUGAUCUGUUCCUGAUUGGUAGUUUACAAACAACCUGAUUACCUGAAAUUUCACUAAGUUUAAAGAUAAUCAAUUGAUCUAAAAUCAGUUGAACCCACUGAGCAGUCGAAGUACCCUAAUUAUUUGCAUUUGAAUAAAAUAAAUGAUAUUAAUAAAUAAAAUAAAAUAAAUAAUAUUAUAAAUAUUAAUAAAAAAAUAUUUUUUUUACAUUUGAAAUAAAAUUUUAAAUGUAAAAUGAUCUGAAAUGACAAUAAUCCUCUGAAAAGGGUUAAGAUUCAGUCUUUGUUGUAUUGCCAAAAACCCCGUCACCCAAUUUGUGCAUAAAUAGAAGACCUACAAGUCUUGUAAUUUUUAUCUUCUGCAUUGAAAGUUUGGUAGCAUAACCAGUCAUGACAUCACUGUAGAAACAGUGUUGAAAGUAAUGUCCUGUCCAUGUACUUAAAGGCAUAUGAAGUAUGAAGUGGCGAGAUUUUACCUUGGAAAUAAUCUAAA